AGAGCCAGAGAGGGCGAGAGGAAGGAAGAGGCUGAGCGAGGGAGGCGCAUCGGUAGUGUUGGCAUGCGUGGAGUGCGCGCCAUAUUCCCCCGGAGCACCCCGCCCUGUGUCGCGUCUUGGCUUGAAUGGCUGAGGGUCAACGCUGGCCCGAGGUGGUCAUAAACUGUCAAACUGGAACUGAUGGAAUUAGAAAACAUCGUCGCCAACACAGUGUACCUGAAAGCACGGGAAGGAGGUACAGACAGCAAUAAAGGAAAAAGUAAAAAAUGGAGAAGGUUAUUACAAUUUCCACAUAUAUCACAAUGCCUAGAUUUAAAGAGCAAAAUAGAUGUAAGAUACAGCUAUGUAGUGGAUCAACAGCCCAUAGGAAGAUUGCUCUUUCGGCAGUUUUGUGAAACUGUAAAACCUGUGUACCAUAAGUACAAUAUUUUCUUAGAUGAAGUUGAAAGAUAUCAAGUUGAGGUUGAUGAGAAGAGACAUGAGGUGGCACACAUCAUCUUCAACAAAUAUCUUCAAAAGACUUCUUCAGUGUGUCACAUAGUGGGAAUCUUGAACGAGUCGUUGAUAGUGACCUGCAAGGAAAACCUGGACACAGCAGGGAAGGAGCUCUUCCUUGGGUGUGCAGCAGAAGUCAAGCUCUUCCUGGCCAAUGAGCCUUUCAAAGAAUUUGAGGCUUCCAUGUACUUUCAUAGGUAUUUACAAUGGAAGUAUCUAGAAAGUCAACCUGUAACGUACAAGACCUUCAGGAUGUACCGGGUGCUGGGCAAGGGAGGCUUUGGGGAGGUGUGCGCCUGCCAAGUGAGGGCGACGGGCAAGAUGUACGCUUGCAAGAAGUUGGAGAAAAAGAGAAUAAAGAAACGCAAAGGUGAAGCGAUGGUGCUUAUAGAAAAGCAAAUCCUACAAAAAAUAAAUUCCAGAUUUGUCGUUAGUUUAGCAUAUGCCUAUGAGACCAAGGAUUCACUGUGUCUGGUAUUGACAAUAAUGAAUGGGGGUGACCUCAAGUUCCACAUCUACAAUAUGGGAGGGGACCCAGGCUUUGACCACGAGAGAGCGGUGUUUCAUGCUGCUGAGGUGUUGUGUGGCCUUGGGCACCUACACACACAGGGUAUUGUAUAUAGAGAUUGCAAGCCAGAGAAUAUAUUGUUGGAUGACCACGGGCAUGUUCGAAUAUCUGACCUUGGCUUAGCUGUCCAGAUUCCUGAGGGAGAGAUGGUGCGAGGCAGAGUGGGCACAGUGGGCUACAUGGCACCAGAGGUUAUCGACAAUGAGAAGUACACCUUCUCUCCUGACUGGUUCAGCUUUGGUUGCCUCAUCUAUGAGAUGAUUGAGGGACAAGCGCCUUUCAGGGCACGGAAAGAAAAGGUGAAGCGAGAAGAAGUAGAUCGUAGAGUGAAGGAGCAGCAGGAGACUUAUUCCCAUAAGUUUUCUGAGGAAGCUAAGUUAAUAUGUCAGCAGUUGUUAAAAAAGGGUGUCCGGGAACGACUGGGCUGCACGCGGGGGAGGCACGGCGUGGCAGAGGUCAAGACUCACUCCUUCUACAAGAGUGUGAAUUGGAAGCGGCUUGAGGCUGGGAUGUGUGAACCUCCUUUUGUCCCAGAUCCUCAUGCAGUGUAUGCAAAAGAUGUGCUGGACAUUGAACAGUUCAGUACCGUAAAAGGAGUCAACCUUGAUGCAACUGAUGACUCCUUCUACUCAAAAUUCAACACUGGAUCUGUGUCCAUACCUUGGCAACAAGAGAUGAUUGAAACCAAAUGCUUUGAGGAGCUUAAUGUAUUUGGGCCAUACAACACCCCCAGUAAUGACCUGAGACUUGAUAUGCCCCCACCAGAGGACAGCAAAAGCUGCUUCCCCUUCAGGCGACGGGUAUGCUGCAGCGUCGGAGGUAGCUAGGUGAAGUAUUAAGAGCCAAGAAUCAUCCUCAUCAACAACAUGCUCAUUAUUUUGAAAAUUCUUGCUCUUCGUUACUAAACAUGGAAAGUUCAACAUUGAGCCUUGAUGGUUUCAUCGCCCACGUUCCUGCAGUGUAGCAGCAGCUCCCAGGAAUUCAUUGUAAAGUGUGAAGUUCAUCAUCAUUUGUGGAAUUCAUCUUCCAUUAGUCAGCCAUGAAGAAGAAGCACGGAUGUUGUCCUUUUCAUUGUCCAUUUUGUGCCAAGUAAGAAAUGAGAGUACAGAUGGUUCCCGAUUCUAUUAACAAAUCAAGCCAAGAACAGGGAUAGUGGAGUGUAAAAUACUACAGUUUGGUUGGUUCAUUUGUACCUCUGUAUCAAAUACUCUGCUCACCCAAUUCUUGAUAUUAAUGUUAUUAGUAGCAUGCUAAAAACAUAUAGUACCUAUCUUAGGAAUAUAAAUCAUGAAGAUUAUAUUUGCACAGCAUCUGGCUCAUUUUUUUUGUGUACUACAUGCAAACUUGAUGGUGUACACAUUUAAAAAGACAUGUGCAUGUACACACAUUAUUUUAGAUUGUGUGUCAUGUGUGAUAUACAAACAUGCAAAAUGUGCAUUCUUUUGUGCAAUAAUACAAGGAAGAGGUUGGCAGACUGUUGUUAAUUGGCGGCCAUUGAAAUAACCAAUCAACUACUUACUUGUGUUCCUGUUUGGGUCCUGUGUGUGGCAAGGUCACUCUCCUGGGAUGAAGGAGUGCUAUGUUCCAUGCAGUUCAUCAUAUAUGUCAUCAGCAUGCACACAAAACAUAUUUCAUAUAAAGGCACAAAUACAAGUCAUAAUUGCAUACACACAAAUUAGCUUGUUAAAUGAUUUGGCAAACAUUAUAAUAGUGAAAGUAAUGAUAUAGGUACACCAGUAGGGAGCUUAUGGAAAAAAAAAUAUAGAAAAUCAAGCAUGAAAUUGCUCAAAAAGGAAGACUGCCUGCCAGGUGGGAAAAUAUGUACUGCAUUGAACAUCUUUUAUAUUGUGGUACAGUUACGUGGUUUGUCGUGACCACCAGAUGAUGAACAUCUCCAGCACCUUCCUAAAAAUCCACAGUUCUUAAUAUUUAAUUUUAAAAGUGAUAGGUCAGUAUUUUUUUCUGUAUAGUCAUGACUUAUUCAUUACAUUAGACUAUCAGUCUUUUAUCCAUAAAUUAGGACAUAAUCAUCUCACACAUUGUCAUGUUCAUGGUUUUACAUGCUUUAAUUAUGAUAUUUAAUUCUUACCUAAGGUGAGUAGUACCAAAACCUUGCGUGCAGGGAGCCUAUCGUUACAUCAUACAUGGAGAUGCAUUUCAGGAGUUGAAUGUAUGUGUUCAUCAUUUUUUUAUUAUAAAUAUUGUUAUAAUUAUUAUCUUGUGGUAUUUAUUAUUAUUAUUAUUAUUAGUUUUUUAUACAUUUUUUAUCAUUGAGGUUUUUGUUUUGAUACAUUUUUAACUGCUUGUGUUUACCUUUUAUAAAUAUUGAAAAUUGAUCCAGAUAUAUUUGAAAAUCAGUUUCAAUGAAUAUUAAUGUAUAUUUUUUAUGGUUGUUUUAGAACCUGGAAAUCUUAUCUUCCUUAGCUUAUGCAUAAUGUUUUGACCAAACUAGUAAUUAUUCUGUUGUUCACUGUAUUUUAAUGACAACAUUGUGUGGACAAGUUUAAGACACUUUGAAUCAGAAAAUUUACUUUCUGAAAACCUAUCGAAUUUGCAUAUUACUAUAGUUUGCAUCCAAAAUAGAAGAAAAAUUGCCCAGGUUAAAAAAGGCAGCAGAUGAACUGUGCCAUGUCAUUACUUCAGAGGUAGGAAAGUAAAGUACAGUUUGGGAACUUUGCAAUGCUGGCUGUUGCUUGGCUCUCAACUCACAGCUUCUCAUAUUGUGGUGAAUGGAGAUUCCACACUCAGAGAGGUAAAAUUGACUGCAAUAUUAACAUUAACAUAGUCUAUCAUCUUUUUUGAUUAAACCCAAAGUGACUGGCUUUGUGUGUUGUGCUUUGCCUGCCCCGGCCCAGAUGUGAACCUGGCUCCUUUGAUUUGUUGCUGGGUGCACUGAUUGUUACUCCAUGUAUGUACUUCAGAUUAUGAGAUAAAUCAAAGGAAAAUUCAUACAUUUUUCAGGUACAUUUGCCAAAUAGCAUUUGAGGAAACUUAAGGUAUAAAUUGUCUGUACUGAAAGAUUCAAUAUUUUUUUGUUCAUGGUAUUUGUGUUAUUUCGAAAAAAAUAGGAUUUGGCUGGAAAGGCAUUUACCAUUUGGUUUAUUAAUAAAUUUAUUUGAAAAUAAUUUGCUUCCUUCAUGCAGAAAGACUUCUGAAAUUUAUUGAAUAUUUUUGUAAUUAAUUAAAAUAGGGAAAAUUAAAGAUAACAAUAAAAAUAAAAGAUUUUUAUAAGGAAAUAUAUUUAGGAAAGUAAACAAAAAAGCUUUACAUGAAUGUAAUGGUGCUGUGGAGUGAUAAUAAAUGUCAAGAGUGGUUUUCUCCAAGCUGAAACAGAGAGGUGCAAUCAGAAUAGAAAAAGACUCAAUAAUCUUGGAAAUUUACCCACUACUGUCCUGUGUGUCCUGACUGACAUGGCUAUGUUUGGAGUUGCAGUGAUUUUUUUUUGUUUUUUGUUUGUUUUUUGGUUUAAUGCACUAUUGGUCCAAUAGUGGAUAGGACACAAUGAUGGCCAUGAAAAGAAUUUGGGAUGUCUGUUAGUCAAGGGUCCAAUGAUAUGUCUGAUCCUAAACUGUAAACUCGACAAAAGAUGAAACUACCCGAGGAACCUAGUGUUUAUAGGAGCUGUAAUGUGGGUCUGCAGCCCUAAGACAAAUAUUCAGAAACUUCCCUUGAGGUUGUAAAAAAAUGAAGCAAAAGACAGGUUACUGAAAUUUAUAGUAGGGUUAUUGUGUAUAGUCAUUUUCAGAAAUGAUAGAUUUUUAUUUUGAUUGUAUUCAUACCCUAAGUAUCCAGUAAUUUAGAAAAUAUCAAUUGGAGAAGUGUACGCAAACUAUCGCGAGUUGCAAGUUUAGAAGGAAUGGAAGUAUGUUUUCCCAAUAGAUUUGCACAUCAAAUGUGUUUACCUUUAGUAACUUAAUUUAUUAUUUUUGGGGCAAGCUGAAAGGAUAAAAGUGAUUGCCACAAAGCGUGUAGGCUCAAAAGCCUUGGAGGUUCUUUACUGAGUCUUUAUAAUGGGAGAGUGCAUGUGCAUACAGACGCACAAAUCUAGGACUUGCAUUGGGUAACUUGAGCUUUGUCAGAAAAAUUCUUUGUUGCAUAGGAUGCUCAUUGAGGGCUACUACUAUUGCUCUUGGCACCUUAAUCAUAGGCAGUUAUUCAAGUAACACAAAUCUUCAUUUUUUUUUAUACCACUUCUGUAGUUUUGAUUUGUGAAGGAUAACUAAAUUGAGAUGUGGCAGAGGAGAGUCAGUGUAAUAUGUAAAGGCCUGAACAAUGAGUCAAGCUGUAAGACAAUAAGAUAUGUUAUGAUUUUUCUUUUAGAAAUUGUACUGUGGCUUUUAAGCAUGGGGUUGGCUGUACAAAUGUAAAGUUCUAAAUAAUAAUUGAAAAAUACUUUACUGGUAUGGAAAAAAACUUCAAAUUGAUAAUAUUGUAUAUGUCAUCUCAUAUUUAAAAGUUAUUCAGCAAUCUGGUCAGUCAUCUUUCAGAUAUUUUGCAAGCUUUGGGAGAGGAGUCUUCUCAUUGUGGACAGCUGCCUGUGCAUGUUCCCAAGGAAACUUGUUCAGGAGAAAUUUAGUCCAUAGUAAAGACCUCUGAGGAGACACUUGCUACCUAUGUCAGCUGUCCAUCUCUUAGGAAUAAUUAUACUGGAUAGUGAUUUUCACCCAUUUUAUUUUUUACUUUCACUAGCACAUGUAACAAAGCACAGUCACUGUAGGUAUAACAUCAAGCACAUGCAAUUGUGAAAAAUAUUAAUUUCAAUGCAUAAUAAGUUCAUUUAGCUCUUAUUAUUUUUCCUCUAAUUCGUGUUCAAAUUAUAAUUCUUCAUUUACAAGACCAGUUCGUCACUUUUUAUUGUUCACAAAUCAUACAUUCCCUGACUAAUUCCUUCUUAUUUUUACAUAAUUGUCAACCAGCAACAUGUUGAAAGAAAAUUUGGUUGAAUUUGAAAUUAUGGGCAGCUCCUCUGUAAGGCACAUAUCUCCAUUUUUUCUCACAAAUUUAGGGAUGCUCACCUGUUUUCUUAUUUUGUCAAUUGACCUCUAGUGCAACAGAUUUUACUUUAAGCCCUUAUUUCCUCGUCAUCACAGUAGGUAGUUUUGUUGACCUAGUUAUAAUUUACUUGAGUACACUUUGGCUUUACCUAGAUUAGGUACACAUGCAGGGUGACAUAUCCUGUAUUGUUAGUGAAUUUAUUUUUUUAUUUAUGUUUUCUCAAGUGAACAUGUUCCAGUGAAUUAUUUUUUUAGUGAUUUGAUAAUCUGUGAUCAAAGAUUGUGGUGGAAGAUGAGAAUGUACAUUGAGGCGUGUGUGUAAUACCUGUACAUAAACUCCCAUUGUAUAUAGAACUACUUCUCAUUGUUUAUAAGUUUUCUACUUUUUUCCAGGUUGUAAAAUAGCAAGACAUGCAGGUAAUACAUAAAAAAAAAUAUAUAUAUAUAUAUCUUACAAGGGAUUUAGAAUAUACAUACAUACUUAUAUACAUAUAUAUAUUGAAGUAGUCUAUGGUAAAUCCCGAUAUAACAAGGCAAAUUUUGAGGGAAGCGUUGUACAAUGAAGACAUAAGUCAGAUUUAUAAUUGUAGAGUAAUGAGCUCUUAAGAUAUUUUAAUUCGUUUGUGUAAUAAGGAGAUCCUGUUUGGUAGCAUCAGAAAAUUGUUUGGACAAAGUGCAGGGAUAGUUCAGGCUUAUGAAGGUUGGAAAACUACUUUGAUUUGCAAGGGAUGUAUACAAAAUUGUCAUGACCCUGUUUUGUGUUCAUAGAAUGGACUUUUGGCUACAUUGUUGAUGUAUAAACACAAGUGAAGGUUUGUGGUUCAGUAUUUGGUACAACUGAGGAAGUAUCCCUUGGAUUGAAUUACACAUUCCUAAUACAGUAAAAACACAUGACAAUAAUAUAUGAUUUGGUCAUUACAAAUGAUGCCUCAAGAUGAGGUACGUCAUUAAACUGGUUGGAGUGACCACUUGCAGUGUAUAUAUAUAGAUAUGUACGUAUAAACUUAGGUGUUCAGGCAUUUUGGAAUCAUGUCAAGUGUAGCAUGAAAACAUUCUGUUCAGUAUUUUCUACAUGGAUAUAAUGAACUUUGUAUUUGCAAUGGUAAAUGUUUGUUGAAGCUGUACACCAUAUAAUAGGGUUUGUUAUGUCGGGGGUUACUAUAAACUCAAAUUCUUGAUAAGAAGAAAUUGAUUAAUAUGCAUGAUUUCUUACCAUUUUGCAGAUUAUUUUAAUAUUAAUAUUUUCAAAAUUUAAUUUAAUUUUGUAUUUUUACACAUGAUCAUGGCGCAGGACCCUUAGGUAACUAUUCCCUAAUUAUUGCCAGCUCUCACCAGUAUCUCAGAGGCUGUCUGUGAGCCAUUAGUCAAUCAUAACAUCAGGAAAGCUUCAUAAUCAAAGUUAAGGUUUCAUCUCUUAUCUUAUUCAGCCAAAAUUUGCUUCUAGUAUAUCAGUAAAUAUCUCAACAGUACCUCAUGAAUAAUACCAAUGACCUUGUCAUAUAAAUCAUAUAGAUUCCUGUUGUAAUAAAUACUGCAAAAGUGUAAUUUAUUUAGAAUAUGGUGAUGUAAUUAAUCCCUUUAUGUCAACAACAUUGAAUGAUUGUUCAUGUCUCCAAUACUGUUUUCAUGCCAAACUAGUCACAAAGUCUUAGCAUUCCUGUUAAGUAGACUGGUUAUAAUAAGUAGGACGAUAAUCAUUACUGUAGUGUGUGUAGGAUCAUGAACUACUGGUGUCUUCACACACAGAGUGAGAUUCAGUGCUGUAGUGCAGUAAAUCCUAUAAACAGGAUUGACCAGAUCACAGUGGGAGCCAUCCCAGGCAGAGUUCUUACAAGCUGUGUAAUGACUUUGUCAGUGUCUUAGCACAAGUAGAUUGAUGAACUGCAAUACCAGUGACCCUCACAAAUCAUAAUUAUGAUCGUGCAAAACAUGAAGAGCUUUAAAAAUGAGUUUUGUAGCACUUCAAAAAUUCUAAAGAUGACUGCACAGGAUACUACUGGUUAUUGUCCUGUAAAAGUGUAGGUCAGGGCUUGCACAGGGGUCAUAAUUUUUAUUUAUUUAUAUGUAUUAUUUGUUCUUAUUUUUUAUGCAAGCCCAUUGUUGCGGGCUGUGCAAUGCAGCAGCACAACAUACCCUGGGAAUGGACAUUGUUGAAAGUAUGUCAGAUUUAUCUAAUCUAUUUAGGUAUGAAUUAUUUUUUACAAAGUGAUGCUUUUAAUUAUAUUCUCGUAAAUGUUCAUAUUUCUUCAUUGUAUUAGUGAGACAUGCAUGAAUGUUGUUUUAUAAGAAAUAAUUUAAGAAGCCCACUCUUCCCCCACUUUGCUCCUAUCCAGGUGUUUAGACAUGACAAUACAAACAUUAGGUUUGCCUCAUUUCAUGCAGACUGUCAAGAUGCAGAACACAAAGCUCCAAAGCACUUGCUCAUGACUCUCUCAGGAGACUGUGCACUUCCAUGGCAGGGCUAUUAACAUUUGUGUGUCCCACUUAAGUAAUCCUCUCAAGUAUUGGCUAAUAUACUGAUGUAUAAAAAAAUAUUUUUAUUGUUUACACGGCUUUCUGAAGGAUGUUUCAGAAAAUACUAGAUUUUGCUUAUAGUUAAAGGAGAGUUAGUAUGUAUUCAAAUGACCAGUUCAUGUACUUGUAACAAAUGUAUGAAUAACACUUAUUUUCUUUCAUUAUUCUUGUUUGCGUGGGAACACAACUCUCCUUGCUGCUUACUGAAAAUACACAAUUAAUAUACUUAGUUUUAAAAGGGCGUGUUAAUCUGCAGAACUUUAAUGUGACCUGCACCAGUUACUGAAUUUUUAUGCUAGGUUAUCUCAUUUGGAAAUUGUGCCAAGGGAUUCAGUUAACAGGUAUAUAUAAUUUAGUAAUUAAACGUACAUUAUUGACAGUUUCAUUGUAAAUGCAUGGGGAUCAUGUGGAAAUGAUGAUUGUAAUUUCUUCAAAGUAUCAUGCAAAAAUCAGGCUGUCUUGUUAAUCCAUGUGCUUUACUUCCCUUAGUAAGCCAGAACACCCAAGUCUUGAGGUUAGACAGUUGUCUUGUCACAGAGGUGCAUCAUGGUGGGUCAGGUCUGCAGGUGCACGUAGGUUUCCCUGUUAUUGCUUCCAAGAGCUUAUCCCAAGCCUUAGGGCACGAGUGGAAGAUGGUCAGUACCUGAGCUUCAGCAGCUUCCAAGCACAGUAAACUUAGCAGCAAAAAAUAUUCCUGUCGGUCAGAUUAUUGAUUAUCAUUAUAAUUAUUAUUAUUAUUAUUAUUAUUAUUAUUAUUGUUCUUCAUAAUUUAGUUACAGAUACUAGAAAUGUAUAUAUAUUUCCAUGUAAGAAAUAUAUGCAUAUGUAAUUUUGCAUACCAGUCUGCAUGAAAGGUAAUUGCAGUAUCCUGUCAGUAUAUAUAUAUAUAUAUAUAUAUAUAUAUAUAUAUAUAUAUAUAUAUAUAUAUAUAUAUAUAUAUAUAUAUAUAUAUAUAUAUAUAUAUAAUAUCAGAGCUUGAAAAUAUGAGUGUCACUAGCUUCUUUUAUAUUAGCAAUCAUGUUACGGUUUCACUACAUGGUACGUACAAAGUUUUAUAGCUUUUUAGGUGGUGAUCAUUUACAAAAUCUUACUGGUAUUUUUGUUCAUGCUGCAUUUUGUUAUAUUCAUGAAUGUAACUAGAGAUAGGCAUUAGUCAUCUCUCUUCUUCUGAUUCCAUCCUUAAAUGUACUGAGUUAACCAAAGCAGUGUGAGGGGAAGGUCUUCAGGGUAUAUUUUAAUACACGUACUGACAGUUUCAAGCCACAGUGUCUCGAGAAGAGAAACAAAGCCUGUUACAAAACAAAGAAAGAACCCAUGUAACCCUCCCCCACUGAAGAAUGUCCCUUGAUUCUAGCAUGCUGUGGAUUCUAGCAAGCUGUGCCUGUGUCACAGCACCUUGGGGGAGGGGACGGCGAGUGGGCAGUUGGUGUAGUAGAGUCAGGACCCUCUUUCCUCUCACACCACCACAAUGCCCAAGAGAAUAGUGUGCAUAUCAGCCUCCCUGGUCACUUAAUUCAUGACCUUUCACUAUGAUAAAUCAAGAGUGAUGUAGGAGUAGUAGACGUCAAGAUGGAUUCAGCCCUAAAAGUGUCGAGUCCAACAUCAUAUGCAUUGUCUAUCUUAUGUCAGGGCUGGGUGGCACAGUGGUAGAGGUCGUGUCUCCUGACGCCAAAAGGUCUUGAGCUCGGGGCCUGGCUGGGGCAUCAUUUAGAGGGAGAUGUAGCAUUCUCGUAUAAUUCUCUAGCAGGGCUGGUGACCUUAGUUGUUUGAAACCCAGUGGAAAAAACACCUUAGCUAAUGUUCCCAAACUGACACAUUCUGCCAGAAACUCAGUGAAGCUUGAGAUCCAUCUGUCUCAACUGUCCAGCGCUACACAGCUCACUUCACAAGACCAAUAUUUCACAUCUCCAAAAGUUCUAACUUGAUACUUAAUCUCAUCUGUAAUCUUGUGACAUGAUGUAUACUAUUUUCUGUGUGAGCUGUGUUCCUUAAGGAGGUCUGUCAUCCUUCCUUACAAGCCACGGAGUGUGUCGGCUGCAUAGGAUGUUUAGAAUCUAGUGUAAUUUCUUUUAUGUAUUUGCAGAUGUCUGUGUCACUGAUUAUUGUUUUGUAAAGAAAUGGUCGUCUUCAUUUACUCUUGUGGCAUUUUCAGUACUUUAAUUUACAUAGCUUUGUACUUUGAUGUGGAAUUUGUUGUUCAACUAUUUAAUUCCUUCUCCAACACACUAUUACUGCUACUACUACUAAUACUGAUAAUAAUUAUUAUAAUUAUAAUUACCAUAAUUAUUAUUUUUAUUUUUAUUAUUACCAUCAUUCUUGUUAGCUUUCACUCAUUUGGCUUCAGCACACCAAAUAGUUUGUCAUUCACAUCAUUCCUCAUUUUCAUUAUUUAAUUGAAGUGUGUAUCGUGUGUCUAAUAUCAGAUUCUCUCUCUCUCUCUCUCUCUCUCUCUCUCUCUCUCUCUCUCUCUCUCUCUCUCUCUCUCUCUCUCUCUCUCUCUCUCUCUCUCUCUCUCUCUCUCUCUCUCUCUCUCUCUCUCUCUCUCUCUCUCUCUCUCACACACACACACACACACACACACACGCACACGAUUCACACAGCACCAAAGUUUUCAUGUGUAAAACUCCAUCCAAGAUACAAACAUUCUCAUUUAACCAACUACAUUUUGAGUCUAGUAUAUAGAGGAACAGCUCCCUGCUAUGGUAGUUUAAUGGCCACACACACACACACACACACACAGUAACCCAACCUCACCUGGAUUAACCCUGUUGUCCGCAUCAAAAUAGUAUCGGUGUUAGUGUGUUUGUAGGAUUUGUUACGCGGCUGAUCCAUCUGGCUUGGUACUUUAAUACCUCAAUUAUUUAUGUGAAUGUUGUAAGGAAUAUACUCUGUUCUAAUAAA